UCUUGACUCUUGAAGUUUUAUGUGUAUCUUAUAUUAAAUUAUUAGUUUAUUUCCACAAAAUUGUAUUACUUUAUAUGAUAACGACAUAUAAUUGAGCUAUAAAAAUGAUAAGAUAUCGAGGAAGGAAAAAAGUAUUAGAUAAAGUGAAAGAAUUUGAUGCUUUUCCUAAGGUACCGGAAGAAUACGUGGACAGUACGCCGGUAGGCGGUACAUUCUCUAUCAUUACUUUUUUUAUGAUAAUGUGGCUAGUCUAUAGUGAGGUCUCAUAUUUUCUAGAUAGUAAUUUAGUUUUUAAAUUUAUACCUGAUACGGAUUUUGAUGAGAAACUCCGUAUUAAUAUUGAUAUAACCGUAGCAAUGCCUUGCUCCAAUCUUGGAGCGGAUAUUUUAGACUCCACAUCUCAAAGUGUGUUUGGUUUUGGUGAACUCCAAGAAGAAGACACUUGGUUUGAAUUGUCUCAAGAGCAGCAAGACGCUUUUGAUGCUAUUAAAUAUAUCAACUCAUAUCUCAGGCAAGAAUAUCAUUCUAUAUGGCAGUUAUUAUGGAAAAAAGGUCAUGGCUCAGUCAGAGCGACGAUUCCUCCCCGAAAAGUGAAGCCAAAGCGAAGACCUGACGCAUGCAGACUUCAUGGGGUAUUGACACUUAACAAAGUUGCUGGCAAUUUCCAUAUAACAGCUGGAAAAAGCUUACAUUUGCCAAGAGGGCACAUACAUUUAAAUAUGUUAUUUGAUGAUACACCACAAAACUUCAGUCAUCGGAUACACAGGUUUAGUUUUGGAAGCCCAGCCAAUGGAAUAAUAUACCCUCUUGAAGGAGAUGAGAGAAUAACAAAUGACGAAAGUAUUCUGUAUCAGUAUUUUGUAGAAGUUGUCCCAACAGAUGUAGACACUACAUUUGAGUCGAUAAGAACAUUCCAGUAUUCAGUUAAGGAAUUAGAAAGGCCCAUAAGCCACUCUAGAGGCUCACACGGGGUACCAGGUAUAUUUUUCAAAUAUGACAUGGCUGCACUUAAAGUCAAAGUGUAUCAAGAAAGGGAGAAUCUACUUCAAUUUAUGUUACGGCUUUUCUCAGUUAUAGGUGGUAUUUAUGUUAUAGUUGGUUUCAUCAACACCAUUGCUUUAUGUUUAAGGACAUCUUUUAUAAGAAAAGCUGCACCAAGUGUUUAUAAUAGGCUAAGUGAAAAUUCAGAAAUAACAAAAACAAAUCCUCUGUUAUUAUCACAAGAUCUAGGAUACAGUAAGGUGGAUCUUGUAAGACAAUGAUGCAGUAUAAUAUUUUUGUAUAUAUAAAUAUUUGUAGAAAACGGGAAAUCAAUAUAAUAAACUUAUUUCAUAAUGCAGAGUAUUAUAUGUGUGAAGUCAUGUAUUUUAUAUUCAUUUUUUACUUCAUGUUUUUAGAUUUCGUUAGGCUUGACUUAUUAACCGACUUCAAAAAAGGAGGAGGUCAUACAACAACAACCGAAUUAAUUAAUUUUAGUUGCGAUUAUUGUAAUUUUCGGAGUUAGUGUCAUCCUAGAUAGGUUUGUAACUACAUACAUAGUUAUAGUUGAGAUGUGCUUUAGUUGUGAGGAGGCGAGAGCAGGUCGCGGCAGAAGGACACCGAUUCAAAAAAUAACAAUAAUCGUAAAUAGAAUUAGAUUAAUUAAUUAGAUUGUAUAAAAAUAUGCAAUUAUUUUUAUACUUUUUAGUGCACAUUAUAUCUAUUGUUUUGGAA